GUGAUUUUACAUCAUAGCAGAGCACCACUUGUUUAAGACCAAUAUAGUUUUGGAGCGGUCUCGCUGCUUCUGUUUGGAUGACAAAGAUCUCUUGACAUUCAUUAGUCAGUAGCAUAGACAAAAGCACUAACAUCGAUAACGGAUUUCGGGUUGACACUCUGCUGAUGACUUCUGACAUUUCUCUGCUGUAAAAAAUAUUUUCUAACUCCUUUCAGCACAUUCUUUUAUUUUGGCGCUCGCGUAAUUUGACGCAAGGUGCCGUGGAACGAGCCGCAGACCACAGGUGUAAAUUUACGAGGGGUUAAUUAGUUAGUCUGCGAGGUGUGAUCAACUGCUGCUCUUGCGUCGGUCUCCUGUGGGCUUUAGAGAGACGGACGUUGGUCACGUGAUGGCACUGACGGUGAACCUGCUCGGCCCAUCUCCAUGGGGCUUCAGAAUAUCAGGAGGGAGGGACUUCAAGAAGGCCAUAACAGUCUCUAAGGUGAACGGAGGGAGUAAGGCGGAAAGGGCUGCCCUGCAGCCUGGCGACAUCAUCCUGGAGAUCAACUGCGAGAACACGGGCGACAUGCUGAACGUGGAGGCCCAGAACAAGAUCAAGAACUCCCAGACCCAGCUGCAGCUGCUGGUGGAAAGGCCUGAUCCUCCCACACCGGGACAGACCAAUGGGAUCACCACCCCAGACCAUCUGGUUGGACGCUUCCAGGAGGCAGUUCAGGUGAGCAGGGAUGAGAAUCAGAACUACAGGGAGUACACCAUCUCCAGCCCUGUGUCCGUCUCUCCUGGACCCUACUCCCCUGAGCCGCCCGCAAGCCCCGAGAGGAAGACCGAUAGAAUCACCCCCACCAACACUAAGAGCCUGCAGCAGCUGCGGUCAUGGUCCCCCGAGGAGAAAAAUCCCAACCAUCGACUCUCCAGGCCUCUCUCACAGGAGUUCUCCUCUCCGGACCUGCGGUUUAACUCUGUCUCCAGUCGGACCCCCACCCCUCCUGGCCGCUACUCCCCCCACAGUCCGGUGGACCGAGAGAUGUCCGUAUCCCCCAGACGCAGCUCUGAUACCAUGCAGCGGUUCGACCGAGACUCUGAGGUCUACAAGAUGAUCCAGGAGAACAAGGAGUCGCGCACGGCUCCCCGUCAGUCCAACACGUUCCGCAUGCUGCAGGAGGUGCUGGAGGCAGAUGAGAAAGAGGCUGCCGUCCGUUUCCCUGGGAAGCUGUCCGCUAGCCCACCCAAGCCCACCCCCGCAGCCUCCUCAGUGGCCGGAGUGCAGAAGUAUCAAGUCUGCGAGAAGUGCGGCAACAACAUAGUCACGCAGGUGGUGCGCAUCAUGGACGACCGCUUCCGCCACCCGGAGUGCUACACCUGCACGGAGUGCGGCCUCAACCUGAAGAUGCGCGGCCACUUCUGGGUGGGCGACGAGAUGUUCUGCGAGAAGCACGCCCGCGAGCGCUACACGGGGCCCGGCAGCAACGCCCCCCGACGCCACACCAUCUCCCCCCGCCACUGAGGCCCGGGGGGGCCCCCCAUUCACACGCCUCCGACACCCCCGCUGCCCCACCCCACCACCCCAGGGCUGGUACCCCAGCGCUGGUACCCCAGCGCGACAGACUCUGAGCUAUGGACUGUGGGUCCCAUGGGAUCCGAUGGGAGAGACGUGGAGCGGGAGGCGGGGCAUAGAGGGGUGGGAGCGAUGCUGUUAGACACGCCUUUGAGUUUGUAUCAUUUGCCUCUCAGCACGCAUUCAGUUUAGUCACUCAUUUACCUUUCCAGUCGUUGUAUAAAGGUUGAACUUUUUUGGCCUCCGUUUUCUGUAUUUUGCUACGAUUCUAUUUUUCCUCCUCAUCUUAAAGGUGCCAGUUUGUGGCUCAAAUUGAAUUGUCCAGUCACACUCUCGUGUGGCACACACUCCGACCGUUGUAUUCAUAGGUGUUGUGUUUAAAUGGCCCACAGGACUGGUUUCCUGUGCUAACGAAAAUGACGUCUGAUGGAAUUGAUGCUUUUCAUACCUGCCAUUUCUGCACUUGAAUGUAAAGAGCAGCAUGUACUACAAGCACACAUUGAAAGCAGUGAUUUCAAGGGUGUGAAGAGAGAUUGUUGCUUUUGUGUGUGUGUGUGUGUGUGUGUGUGUGUGUGUAACAAGUUAUAUCUAUCCGAGUAGAGGGUCAUUGCUUUGAAGGGAUGGUUGAGAUGCAUGUAGUUGCUAUUUUGCUCCUCUAAAAGUACCUGAACAGGUUGCAAAGCAAAAAACAUGUAUGAGGGUUAUUCUUUUCUUUCUUUUCACUGACAUCCAACAAGGGAAUAUAUCAGACAAAAAAAAACAACAAUAAUACAGAUUAUUUCAUGUAAAUAUGUAUUUCUCAUUAAUGAUAUGUAUUGGAUUUCUCAAUUAUUUGUAUGUGAGCAGGGCUGCAUGUUUCUUUGUGUUUUCUUUUCAUUUCUUUUUUUUAGCCUGAAGAGGAUUGUUGGUGCUCCGAUGCAUCCUGUUCCCAUCAGAAUCAUGCCUACCCCAGGAACACUGAAGUGGAAUUGUGUUUUUUUUUAUGUUACCCUUUUUUCCCUUUGUAAAACAUGUGCACAUGUUCUGGAACCUAAAACAUAGUUCUAGUGGUGCUCAUGUCACUCAAUGGAACUACAGUGAUGAAAACAUUUAUGCCAAUAUACUUAGCUUCAAAUAUACAAGUUGUUGAUAUCUA